CACCUCAGAGAGUAGAAACACGAGAGAGAGUGAGAUUCAGAGAGCUCUGGUUUUCGCUCAAAACCGCCGAAAAAAUUUAAUGAGUGGUUGUUUUAUCCUGGAGGUAACCGACUGAUAGUCUGUUGUGCGCAUUACGAGGCAGUGUCGCGAACGUCUUUAAGAGAGCGACUUAGUCAGCAACUCAGCCGGUAACGCUAGUUUUCAUGUUCGGUUUCUGACAAUUUUUAGACGUUCAAUGGCUGUCAUAUCUAACGAACAUGAUACCGAUUAUGGUUUAAAUGAUUACUAUACGUGUGGUGGAAAGAAAGUCUUCAUGACGUCGCGAAGCCAUGAGAGAACAUCGACGAUUUAUGGUUGCGUGGGGACUGAAAGCAACCGCCGCUCAAGUUGCUUCGUCUAUCGUGGCUUGAAUUCCAUCCUGGGCCAAAUUAAUAGAAGAAAGGCCCCAGCUAAUUGAGCUGCCUGACCCUCCGACAGAAAUAGCAAAAGAAGAUGGUACUUAUAAAACAAACGAUCCGAAUUCAGCCGACCAUAGAACUCGAAUUCUCUAUCCUCCGCCCGGAGUCGGCCGCGUUUGUUCGUCGCCGGCAAAGUUUAGAAUUCCCCGGGAGCUGCUGCUCCUGGUGAUUGACGGAUCGAUAAAUGGUGGGAGUUUCCAUGAAGUGCGGGGAUUGCGGCACCCUGUUGAAGUCCGUAGAGGAAGCUCAGGGGCACGCCGAGCUGACAUCGCGCUCCAAUUUCUCCGAUUCGACGAAGGUCGUUCUUAACCUUGUCUGCAGUGCUUGUGGAAAGCCCUGCCGAUCGAAAACAGAAACUGAUUUGCACACAAAGAGGACUGGUCGUACAGAGUUUGUGGACAAAACUGAGGAGGCUACAAAGCCUAUAAAUUUAGAAGCACCAAAGGUUCCAAUGGAUGUGGAUGAGCCUACUAGCAGUAGCGGCCAGCCUGAAGGGAUAACACCAUUUAUGGGGGAAAUUAAAAGCUACUAAAAGCUUAACAGGAGGAAGCCCACGAAUAAUAUCCAUGAUAUAAUCGAGUCGCUUAGCUCAAUAGGAUUGCCUCGAUAUGAAAUAGAAGAAUGAAGUGCGGAAUUAGCUCACCGAGCUGAGCAUAGUCUGGAGAUGGAAGAACGAGGACAAGGAGAACAAGAUCUCCAAAAUGACUAUUGUCAAAGGUGCCAUCUGUCAGAAAAUCAUUCAAGACAAGCUACACAUGAUGCUAGCUAUUUUAGCAAAUUCAGAUAGAAAAAGAAAGGUAAGAACUGAAACCUUCCUCGUGAGUCAUUAAUAUAUAUCUAUAUGCAUGAAAUUGAGAAAUCUUAAGAAUGCUAGAGAAACGAGAAUUUAUGCAUGUUUAUGUCGACAUCGAGAAGAGUUACCUCGAUGAUUAAAGUAUGAAACUUGUAUAUAUGCGGUGGAAUAGAAUAAUGCUACUUCA